AUGCUGCCCCAAGAAAUCUUUUCUCUGCUCACGCUGUUCUGUGUUUUCAGGGCUUCUGUUUCUGUCCUGGAUGAAGACGAUGACUAUGAUCUCAUGUAUGUGAAUCUGGAUAAUGAGAUUGAAGGGCCAGUUCUCGGCACCGAGGAAACUUCGUGCGACUGCCAGCGAGAGCACACCGAGUGGGACAAGCUCUUCAUCAUGCUGGAGAACUCGCAGAUGAAGGAGAACAUGAUGCUGCAGGCGAUGGACGAGGUGCUGAAGGUGGACCUGGCGGCGCUGAAAGCGGAGCUGAGCCAGCUCACCGCCAGCCUCGCGGGCACCUUCGCCGCCACCACCGAGAAACUCACCUCCCGCAUCAUGUCGCAGAUGGAGCAGGUGCUCACCAGGAACUGUGACCACGCUGAAGAAGCCAAGAGGCUUCAGGAGUCGGAGCAAGGCAAGGUUCUGGAGCACAUCCUGAUGCUGAGCCACAACGUGUCGGCCAGGCUGGGCCGGCUGGAGAGCGCCUGGCUGCGGAGGUCCCAGGCGGAGGCUCAGGAGACGGCUCUGCAGCAGGAUAAGUUCAGUCCCAGCAGAGGAGACAGCCUCAUCUGGAACUCGCUGUGGAAGGAGCUGCAGCAAACCAGAGCCGACCUGCAGGCGUCGCAGCGAUGGGCAGCCCAGCACCUCCUGCCAGCAGGGUGUGAAACAGCAAUUCUGUUCCCCAUGCGUUCAAAAAAGAUCUUUGGGAGCGUUCACCCAACUGCUGGAAUGAGCCUUCGCUCCUUUACCGCUUGUAUCUGGAUCAAGGCAACGGAGGCUUUGGACAAAACGAUUGUCUUCUCCUACGGAACCAAGUUUAAUCCGUACGAAAUCCAGCUUUAUCUCAGCCAGGAGUCUGCAGUGCUUGUGGUUGGCGGUGACCAGCACAAGUUAGCUGCCAAAAAUGUAGUUGUUCCUGGGAAGUGGAUCCAUCUCUGCGGCGCCUGGAGCUCGGAGAACGGAUCAGCAUCCCUGUGGGUGAAGGGAGAGCUCGCAGCCAGCGCCCUGGACGUUGCCAACGCUCACACCAUUCCAGACGGAGGGAUUUUGCAGAUCGGUCAAGAAAAGAACGGCUGCUGCAUUGGAGGUGGAUUUGACGAAGCUUUAGCCUUCUCUGGAAAAUUAACUGGCUUUAACCUGUGGGACAGAGUGCUCAGUGCCAGGGAGAUAGCGGCACAGAGCGGAGAAGACGCCUGCAGCACCAGGGGCAACGUCGUCGGGUGGGGGGUCACAGAGGUUUUGCCGUACGGAGGAGCCCAGUAUGUUUCUUAA